AUGACUUCCCAAAUCAUCGUUAUUAAACUCAAGUCUGCAAUGGACACGGCCAGUCCCUUCUUCGAGGACGCCGGAGAAUUCAAAGCUAUUCUACACGACUUUAGAGCCGCAGCCGAGUUUACCCGUGGCUUCUGGGGCAUUGAGGACGAAGACAAAACGACGUUGCGGGUGUUUUUGAACUGGAACUCAGAGUCCAAAACAGGGGACCGUGACUCGAUAAUGGAGAAGCUCAAGAAUCUCAAUAGCAUCCAGUCUGUGCACGUUUACCAUGUCGACUUCCUGCCGCCUCUCCCGACAAAGCCACUUGAUCCGGAGAUCGCUGGCAACACAAUGGUCGAAACUAUUUACUUUGACAAGAAUUUCCCGCAUGCUGAUGGCUGGGUGAGCAAUUUUAACAAAAAGGUCGAUAACAUUAUGAGCCUACGCGGCGAUCAGUUUAAAGCAGCGAGUGGAGGGUGGACGCGCCAAAUGGCUGUGGCGCCUGGUACUGAGGAUGAAUGUUUAGUGUGGUUUGCGCUUGUGGGGUGGCCCUCCAUGCAGGCUCACUUGGAGUGGAGGGAAUCGCCAGAGCACCACGAGAAUACUAAGCUGUUGGAGCAGUACAAAGAUUGGUGGAAGGGUAUUGUCAGGGUUCACUCAACUAUGCAUGAGAUCUAG